CCUUAGCUUAAAACAACGAAAAUAAAUCGAUACGCACGAUAAGAUAUCUUAUCGUGUUUCUCUAAAAAAAAAGUGCAAAUCAUACUUGAGCCAAAUUUAAACAGCGUAACAAAAUUAACAGAAUAAAAAGAUCUUUCAUUGUAAUAAAAAGAUUACGUAAAAAACAAACAGUGUAAAUAGAAACGUAAUAAAUGAUAAGAAACAAAAUCUAAAGAAGGUGGAGUGCAAAGUAUGAGAAUUAAAAUAUUAUAAAUGGAAAGAUUCAUUUUGACGUUGUUUAAAUAUUUAUACAAGCUUCCUGACGAAAAUGGAGAAAAUUGGAAAACAUAAGACAAAGUACACUUCACCGCAUACGUCUACGUGGUCUGCUAAUCAAACCACUGACGUUAGACUCCCGCCUGACGCAUAUUGGAAAUAUACACAAAGAAGCAAUCAAGAUGCCACUGAUAAAAGUACCAGACGUCAUCAAAGUCCUAUGCCAGAAUCAACAGUAAACUAUUAUUCCUCCGCAAAUUCUUACAAGACUUUUAAGCAUAACGCUUAUCCAUGUUCGACGCAUCCAAAACAUUCCCCUGUUCUUCAUACGGAAGUACCACAGCGAUACCAACAGAUUACUAUGAAAUCUAAUAGAAAUAACGACCGUACUAAUAACGUUAUGGUAAAUAAAGAUCGAUACAAGACUCAGCAAGAAGAUGAGAACAAUACAGACUAUAUUGACGAAGAACUAGGCAAUUUUACUGAAGAUAAUUUAGAAGAUGAUGCUGAAGAGGAAGUGGAAAAUGAUCGGUCCCUUCGAAGCGACAAAAGAGUCAACGAGUCUAUCAAUAAGGAAUACGAUGAACAGGAAGCCGACGAUGAGAUAGAUGAAGAAUCGGAUGUACCUGCCGAAACACAAGCAAUACAACGCAAUGCAAAUAAGAAAGAUGCAUUGCUGCGAGCACAACGAAUGCGAAUAAUUAACCAGCAACAAGAUCCAUAUAGAAUUCGUUACUCUCAACAAUCACCAAAAUUGUAUCAAGCUUAUCAUUUACCAACAAGGUACUACCACAACACCCAUGAUCACGAUAUCCAUGAAACAUUGUCGGAAGAAGAUCUGUACACGGCUCAAGCGUUGAAAAAUCAUUCUCGGAGAUCAUCAAUGGGCUAUCAUCAAAAUUGGAUUCCGCAAAGGAGUUCAACAAAUCGAUAUGACACAAUGACCUCGCUAGCUCAGCCGAGUCGCCGGGCACGGACGAGACCGGAGAUAAAGUCUUUUACGGAAGCAGAACUUGUCGAGAGGAGAAAGUGUAGCCGUUGCGGUAACAUCUCGACCAGGAAACCAUCAACUUCGAGAAGAAACAAAUGUGGAUUCCAGGAUAAUUCUAAUUGUUCAACUAAGGCGCGUUUUGGAGAUGAUGCAGAAAUAUUCGACCAAUCCUGGUGCGGACAUUGUAAGCCGAAACAUCAUUUUGAAGGAAACAUGGGGCCUUGUGAAAUUCCAUCACCGGCUUUGUACUCGAUGAAAUCACGACGUUCCAGGGAUACUAAUAUUCCGAUGCACGAUACGUUAGAAGAAAAACAUCCGAUUGACGAGAUAUCGCACCAGUUUGCACGGAUGUCAUCCAGAUAUUCCAAAGAUACGCCAAACACUUUACGCGAUAGAACCAGACAUUCUGUGCAGACAAGGCGCAACUAGAAUUUUUUUUUAUUUUGUCAUUUUUAGGAGCCAAUAUGAAAUACUAAGAAAAUUAAUG